GUUCGCGCUUAUAUAUGCGGCGGCUGGGUCUCUCUACGCAUGCGUCAUUUCGACGUUCUGCGCGGCACAAAGGAGCAGGGCGGAAACAGUGGAGAAGCGGCGCGGAGGGAACUGAUGGAGCUAAGAAACGGGACUAGGGCGGAGGGAUACGUUUCCAUGGGAACCGCAGACCUAGCCAGUAAACCCGCGGACUUCCCCGCGGUGUCCCGCCCCCUCCCCUCCCCCUUUUUCCUGUAGCCUCCUCAUUUUCGUUCCCUUCUCCCUCCCCCUUUCCCCAUACUAGGGACCCCUAGCUCUAGCGGUCUUAAUACAGGUAGCUUAGACCGGCCUUAUGAAAGACCGUACAAUUUAACCGCUGAUGUUGCAGCUGUCGCCGCCUUUCUGCUUGGGGACCUGGUCUAAACUGCUACUCAGUCAUCUUUGGGGCUCAUCAGAGGUAAUCGGGAGUUUGGCCAGGACUUUGAACAGGCCGAUUUCACAAGGAAGAAUUCAGAAGGCAUAGAGCAACACUGUUCCAGGUUCCUUUGUCUGUUCCCAGCCAGAAGUCAGCCCAGAGUAUUCCUCUAGCAGAAAAGGCCCCUUAUAGGAGCAUUUAGUUUGGGAGAUGAGAAUAUCCUAAUGCUGCACCCACCCUAUUAGUUUGUCUGCCUCCGUUGCAGCAGUGACACUUCAGGCUGUGGAAGAAGUGAGCCCACUCAGGACAGCAGGAGCUACCCUCACUGCAGCCACAUCACUCCCCUUCAAAUAUUUCCCAUCUCUAAAGCAGGGAAGCCAAGAUGUCCCUUAUUCUAAGGAAAAGAGAAAAUGAGAAGGGGACUAACUUUACAUCAUAUGCUCUAAGUAAGACAGAAGGUGACGAGGAAAAGUUUGAAGAUGCCUAUGAAAUGAUCCCUGUGGCCACAACAAUGAAUCUAACAUCUUCCCUGGAGGAGUGCACAACUGGAUUGUAUUUAUUUCUAAAUAACAGAUUCUCUGAUGCCAUAGAUCUCAUUCACCCAUGGUCGAAAAACAGCAUAUACCAUGCUCUAAUCUAUAACAUCCUUAUGGUGGUCAAGGCCAUUUUGACGUUCGAGCCACAGGAUAUAGAGACUGGAAUGACCACUGCAAAGGAGGCUCUGAAAACCUGUAACAAUUUCCGAAGAAAGUUUAGGAUGAUGAAUUUUUCUCAUCUCGUGAAGAAACAGGGAAUAAAGGCUAUCAAAGAAGAGGAAUUGCAUGCUGAAGUCUGCUACGCGGAGUGUUUGAUUCUGAAAUCCACUGUAACAUUUAUACAAGAUGAAAGUAUGCUUGGUUUUCUUAAAAGUGCAAUCAACAUUGGGUUAAGUUAUCAAAUAUACAAAGACUGUCAACAGGUAUUAACACAGAUGCCUCACAGCCACAGCAAAACCUACAGACACCUGGUUGAAGGAGUAAAAUUUGGACUUGGAGCAUUCAAUCUGCUGUUAUCACUUGUGCCACCAAAGACACUUAAAUUACUCAAUAUUGUUGGAUAUUCUGGUGAUAGAGAGGUAGGCUUGACUUUGCUUUAUGAGAGUGCUUCCAAAUCCCAUAUAAAUAAUAUCUUAAGUGCUUUGACUCUAGUCUUUUAUUAUAGUUACAUCUAUGUAGCUAUUGGUGUUGAAAAGGGUCACAAUUCUGCUGUAGAGGAUCUCUUCCUAAUCUACCUCCAGAAAUUUCCAAACUGUGUCAUACUUAAAUUUUUUCAGGCACGUUUUAGUAUGCUGAAAGGAAAUUUUGAAAAUGCACAGUUAGUAUUAGCGGAGUGCAUUCUUAUUCAAAAUGAAUGGAAGCAGGUUCAUCACCUCUGCUACUGGGAACUCAUGUGGUGCCACAUCUUUCUGCGGAAUUGGAAGAAGGCUUACCGCUAUGCUGACCUCCUGUCUCAUUACAGCAGGUGGUCUAAGGCAAUAUACAUGUACAGUAAAGCCAUGCUACUCACCUUGCUUCCUUCCCAACCUGUGAAAUCGGUGAGUGAGGACAUAAGCUCUCUCUUCUUAAAAGUGGAUGGCCUGAGAAUCAAAAUUUUAGGAACUUCUGUGCCAAUAGAAAAGUUCGUUGCUGAGAAGGGGCAGCGCUACGGCACCACUACAGGCUGGUUUACAGCACAGCCCAUUCUGGAAUUCAUUUACGCCUGGAGUGGUUUCCGAGUCAUGAGCAAAAAGCUAGACCUUAUUUCAAGCUGGCUAUCGAUAAUUGAUAAAGGACAAGAUCUCUUGCGAGAAAAUCCAAAUACCGAGUAUGGCACAGAUGACCUAAGUUUGUUAAAUUUGCUGAAAGGUCUGUGCCUGAAACACUUAGGCAGAUAUUCAACGGCUGAGCAUUACUUUAAUUCUGUCAUCCAGAAGGAGAAAUUGUUAAAAUAUGACCAUUAUCUGGUGCCGUAUACUUACUACGAACUAGGAAUUCUACACUAUCUAAAAGGAGAUUAUGACAGGGCAACAAAAAACCUAGACAACAUAAAAAACUACAAAGACUAUUCCAUGGAAGCUCGAUUACAGUUUAGGGCUCACAUAGCCCUUGAACAAAUAGCUAAAGAAAAGUGAUGGUUUUGACACAAAGCGUGGUUUUGUUUAUCAUGUGUGAAGUAGCCACAAUCAGCAAGAAAAUUAACAGGUAGAAACAUCAUUUCUUUGUGGAAGAAAUCCAGAAAGAGACAGCUGCUAAAAAUCUGAUCAGCAGCAAGCAGGAAAGGGAUUGGCCAUUACUUUUCCCUCUUUCCUUCUCCAUACCUAUAAAAUGCAAUGUCUUAGACUGGCAAAUGGAGUGAUGCCCAUUCUUGAAAAAGAAAAUGCAAAGGAUGCACAGUUGAUCAUUGAACAACAUGGGGAUUAUGGGCACUGACCACGGGCAGUCAAAAAUCUACAUACAACUUUUGACAUCCCCAAAACUUAACCACUGAAAGCUUACUGUUCACCCAAAGCCCUGCCAAUAACAUAAACAGUCAAUUAACA